UACAUUUUCGCGGCUGACCGCUGAUCAACAGGUAUGGAAGUCCACAGUUUUUUUUGAAGUAGUUGCUGGGCAGAAAAUUUUAUGAUCGCGGUCUCAUUGGAAUCCAACAUGGCGGGAAACAUGGCGGGAGAUUCAGUUCAUUCUGUGUAUCGAAGCCCUCUUACAAGCCGUUAUGCUAGUCCUGAAAUGGCGUUUAACUUCUCCGAGGACAAGAAAUUCUCAACAUGGAGAAAGUUAUGGCUUUUUCUAGCGAAAUCCGAGAAGAUGCUGGGAUUAGAUAUCACAGAUGAGCAAAUACAGGAAAUGGAAGCUAACUUGACGAAUAUAGACUACAAGCUUGCGGCUUCUGAGGAGAGGAAGCGUAGACAUGAUGUCAUGGCACACGUGCACACAUUUGGUGUAUGUUGUCCAAAGGCGGCCCCCAUUAUACAUUUGGGAGCUACCUCUUGUUAUGUUGGCGAUAACACUGACUUGAUUGUAAUAAAGGAUGCUUUCGACAUCUUACUUCCAAAGCUUGCUAGGUGUAUAGAAAGGCUGUCAGGCUUUGCAGAGAAGUACAAGUCAAUUCCCACUCUUGGCUACACACAUUUUCAACCUGCUCAGUUGACUACAGUAGGAAAGAGAACUUGCCUGUGGCUGUCAGAUCUCCUUAUGGACUUAAGAAACCUUACUAGAGCUCGGCAUGAUCUACGAUUCAGAGGAGUGAAAGGCACAACUGGUACCCAGGCUAGUUUCCUUAGUCUUUUUGAUGGAGAUCACGAAAAGGUGGAAAGACUGGACCAACUUGUUACAGAAAUGGCUGGUUUUCAAAGCCAUUACAUUGUCACAGGACAAACAUACACCCGCAAAGUAGACCUGGACUGUCUUUCAGCUCUUGGCAGCCUUGGGGCUUCUGUGCAUAAGAUAUGUACAGAUAUCAGGCUUUUAGCCAAUCAAAAAGAAAUUGAAGAACCCUUUGAGAAAGAUCAAAUAGGAUCAAGUGCAAUGCCAUACAAGCGUAAUCCAAUGAGAAGUGAAAGAUGCUGCAGUCUUGCCCGCCAUUUAAUGGUGCUUGUAGGUGAUGCACAGCAGACCGCCGCAACACAGUGGCUGGAAAGGACACUGGACGACAGUGCUAACAGGAGAAUAAGCUUGGCAGAAGCUUUCCUUACAGCUGACAUUAUACUUAGCACUUUACAGAACGUUUCAGAAGGUUUGGUGGUUUAUCCUAAGGUUAUUGACCGCCACAUUCGUCAGGAGUUACCGUUUAUGGCGUCUGAAAACAUUAUAAUGGCAAUGGUGAAGGCCGGUGGAAAUAGACAGGAUUGUCACGAGAAGAUCCGCGUUCUGUCCCAGGAAUCUGGAGCGGUUGUCAAGGAGCAGGGUGGAGAUAACGAUUUGGUUGAAAGGAUCAAGAACUGUGAGUACUUUGCUCCAAUUCACAGUCAGUUAGACGCCAUCUUGGAUGCCAGCACAUUCACAGGACGAGCACCACAGCAGGUGUCCAAAUUCAUUAAGGACGAAGUCCAGCCUGCAUUAGAUCCCUUCAAAUCAGAACUGGGCAGCAAGUCUUCCAUUGAUGUAUAGGAUUUUCAAUUGCCUAGGGAUGUAACUGGAUAGUUUCUUGAAUGUGAUCCUCGACUAACAGUACAUGAUUAGAUAACUGUUGGUAUCAGUUUACCAAGAAGAAGAUGGUGUGUUCCCCCUUGUCCUCGCCACCGCGAAAAAAGGAGGGAAUACCAGACAUUAUCAAGAUACCUCUUGUCCCUGUUGCAGAACGAGGCCUUAUGCUGAAUGUUUCACACGAAGAGGAGCAGUCUCGCGUUCGCUUACAGAGGCAAAAGCAAACUCAAGGAAGUGGCCUGAUGUAUUAUAACUUAUUAUGUAUACUCAGUUAUGUUCCACCAAAUUAUCUGAACUUCUUUUAAAAGCAGUGUGUAGCAGUUCGUGAGGAGGAGUAGUAUUUGUAACUAACAAAUCAUAAACGUUGACUAGUCAACAUAAAGGACUUUCUAGUGAAGAGAAGGUCGAGGUAUUCCCCUUGUGUUAAUUCUUUUUGCUCCUUUGUUCCUCGUCUGGCCAACAUUCAAUCUUGGCUGACCCCGAACACUUUGCUGAAACCGAACCCUGGGCCAACCCACAACUCUGUGCAUUUCAUCAUGCACUUCCAGUCAGCGCAUCUCCAGCGUUCCGUGUCGGAUUCCUCUCCCCUGUCCCCGCGUUGUUUUCGUUAUUGUACUUUCCCCGGGCGUCAGUUUUCCGUGAGUCAUGUCGUUUGACACUUUCGCUGACAGACAAACACAAUUGCGAUGUUGCUUUCGAUCAGUCAACAUUGAAGUAAUCUGCUCUUAACAAAUGAUGAACAUUUCGAAACUGGACAGUGAAUUUUAAGCACGUUGGUUCAUUGUUUAUCAGACAACUACAAAUCGAGUUGUUACCCAGGCAGUAAGGCCUGGGUUUAAAUUUCGGCUCCGUUUUUUUUUUUUGCCACGUUCAGUCACAAAUCGCCGUCUCGUCUCUAAAGCGAAUGCGCCACCUGUGCAUGCUUACAGCACAUGGAAUUUACAGGGGUUGUCGUCGAGAAAAGUUAGCACGGAUUCCAUGAUUUCUAGGGCGAUGAAAU